ACAAACCCAAACAUUAUUUGCACUUCUCUCUCUCUCUCUCUCUCUCAGACUUCUCAGGUGUCAAUCUCUCUCUCCUCAGAGAUCUCUCUCUCUUCCUCUCCCUCCUCCUCCUGUCCACUGCCGCUCCGCUUCCACCUUUGCGCUGCCUUCGAACUCCACCGACAACAACUCUUCAUCUUUUCUCCCUCCCAGAUCUCAGAUCUCAGAUCUUCUCUCUCCUCCGAUCUCCACCGACAGCAACUCCUUCUGCCUCUCGAACUCGGCUUGCAAGAAAGAAGAUGAAUCAAUCGGGAAGAGCAAGAGCACUGGCAAUUUGAUUGCAUGCAAUGGCGAACAUAGCGUUCUCGAUAUUGGGUAUCUCUCUGAUGGCCUCAUUCAUUCCAAAAGAGCCAACGAUGCUCAUGAAAGGAAUAAGGAUUUCCUUAUUCCAGCCACAACCACAUCAUCGCUGUACCGCUGUUCAAAGAUUUCUUUGUUCCAGCCACAACCACACCAUCGUUGUACCGCUGUUCAAAGUUUGAAGUGUUGGUAUAGGGUUUGCUGACUUCUUUCAGGUAUAAUUUUUUGUAUGUGUAUGAUUUUUUGAGGGCAUAGUUGAAGCGCUGGUAAAGUUGGUGUUUUCUGAAUUUGGUUGAAGUGCUUGGUUGAAUUUUCUAUAAAUUGGUGUAUUGAGUUCCAUGUCUUCGUUUAAGAAUUUUUUUUCUUCCUGUGAAUUCACUCCCUACUCUUUGAAAAGAAAAAAAAAACAAAAUUUUUGUUGAACCAUAAUGCAUCUUGAGGUAGUCUGUAGUUUAUGGAAAAUUUUAGGACCAUAAUGCAUGUUUGUUCCAUGUCUAAAGCAUUCUGUUAUCCAUGUAGAACUCACUACUCUUUUCACUGCCAAUGUACCACUACAGCUUUGUCCACUAACCUCCAUAUAGUUGUCUCAAACACUUUAGAGAGCAAGUGAUCAAGUAAAAUUGGUUAAACAAAUACUUUAGAGAAGCAAGUGAUCAGGUAUGGUUGUUGAGUUUAUUUAUUCCUUUAUUUAUUGUUUUUGUAUGCCAAACGAGUUCACUGAGCCAUUUCCAUUUUAAAGUCUCUAGAUAAUUAAUUCCUUUUGCCUAUAGAAUAAUUAAGCCCCACAAAUGUGAAAAGAAAAAAAUUAAACUACUAUCUAUAUAAUAAGGGAGGAAGGUUUUUGAAAAUGUAUAAAAUGUAUGUGAGAUACAUUUCAUUUUAAGGGCUCAAAUCAAUUGGGAUACACAUCAAUGGUUGAGAUUUUGCUUCAAUUCCCGCCCAAACACUCGGUGCUCUCUCCCACUUACCCACGUCUCCUCUCCAUUCCAUCUUUAUCUCUUCUCUGUUGCAUGUCUUCUCCCACUCCCUCCUUAUCUCUAUCUCCCUCUUUGUUCCUCUUCUUUAUCUUUCUCCUUCUCUCUCACCCGAUCUCUGCCUUUCCCCCUCUCCCCCCACCCUUCCGCUCGCUGCCUCUCUCCCUCUCCCCCACCCUUUUGCCCGCUCGCUGCCUCUCCCCCUCCACCCGAUGCCUCUCCCUCUACCCUUCUGCAACCCGGGUUUCCGAUUAAGAACCGCGAUACCUUUCUGAACCUCGAUUGGAGCUCUUCGGUAGAGCUACUUCAGAGUUACACCAAACCUGAGUCUUCUAUCUGUGCAAGGUAAUAUUUCUGUCUCUAUAUCUUUCAAUUGAUAUACUGUUAAUUUCUGAGUUCUGAGUUCUGAGGUCGUUUAUCAGAUCCCUAUUUUUCUGCUAUUUUCUGUCACUUUCUCGCGAUUUCUUGGGUUGUUCUGCGUUCUCUCUAUCGGGCUGUGAACAGGUUAUUCAAAUGUUGGUUUCAGGUUAUUCAAACAAUCUGCUCUAUUUUUAUUUUGUCUCCAUGGUUUAAAACUUCUUAGUUGAAUGUUUAUAUAAAUUUUCUGAAUAUUAUGACAACCAACACUAUUCCUUUAACAUAAAUAGAGUGAUACACAGAGUGAUUAAUCUUUAGAAUUAUUUUGGGAUUAAUUUUCUGAAUGUUUAUAUAAACAAACCACAAAGAAAUAGAUUAUGUUAUGUUAUGAUAAACAGAGUGAUAAACAGGAUUAAUCUUCAGAAUUAUGUAAACAAAUUAUGUUAUGUUAAAGGAAUACUUCUUAGUUGAAUGUUUUGGUGGUCAUAGGUUAUGUUAAAGGAAUAGUUUUGGUGGAUAUAGCAACCAUGGUUUAAAGGAAUAUUAUGAAAAUAUUCAAAGUUUGAUUUUUUUAUUUUGUAUUCAAACAAUCUGCCUUAUUUUAAAAUCUGCUUUAUUUUUGUAUUCAAAAAAUCUGCUCUAGAUAUUCAAAAAAAGGUGAAUAUGUUAGCCAAAGUUGAAGCCCGUUAUAGAAUAUCUGGUUCAAUAUGUUAGCCAAACAAUCUGCUCUACAUAUUCAAUCUGCUCUACAUAUUCAAAAAAACAAUCUCGGGAUUAAUCUUUGCACCUCUUUAUUUUUUUCCAAACUUAUAAUAUGUUAGGUUCUUAUUUUGUAUUCAAAAUAUGUUAGCCAUCAAUAUAGAAAUACAAUUAAUUAAUUAAUACCACUAAGAAAUUUAAUUCACAACCUUAAUACAGGCUAUUGCAACCAACUCCAAGGUAAGGCUAUUCAUGCGCGAUUGCAUUAAGUUUGAAUUGCGAAAAUAAACACCAAUUGGUUAUUAAUGUGUUAUUUUUUUGUCUAAUGUCUAUUUAACUGGGUAUAUUUUCCUUCUCUUCGGCUUCACUUCCAUUUGUAUCAUAUAAAUUUUGUGUGUUUCAAAUAAAGACAUUUGCCAACAUACAAAUCUUCAUAAACUUAAUUUUCAAUUUCUAAUUUUCCCUCUGCUGCUCUCCAGUCCUGUUCUUCUUCUUCCAUACCCUCGCUCCCGAAACUGCUGCUCUCCAGGUAAGAUCACUCUUUUCAUUUUAUGUGGUGACUAUGUACUAGAUUUUAUUUUUUUAUAGAUUGAUACUAUUUUCCAGCGUAUUUUUAGAAUCUAACAACUUUCUCCUUGAUAGCUUUACAUUCCACCAAUCUGUUGCCUUGCUCAUUAGAAAUGUUGAGAAUUUUGUUACUCAUCAUAUGAGAAGCCACUUUCUUAUGAAAAAGCUUAGUAAUACUGUCACCUAAAGCAAGCCGCUGCACUCUUGAUCUCUGUCGUUUAAAUUUUUCUUUAACAGUAGGCAAAUCAAUGUAAUUUGCCAAACCUUCUUUCUUAGCUAAAUGCAUCUCCUCAUCGAGAUGAUUGUUGUGACACCUUUGCUGCAACUUAUGAGGAAUAUCUUUUGCUUCCGGAACUUUGGCAGAGAUACCACUAUAGAAUAUCUGGUUCAAUUAUUUCAAAACGGGCUUCAAUCUUUUUAGUUUCAAAGACAGCUUCAACAUUGCAGAUCCUUAACUGCUAUUUCUGGAGAUUGUUUUCUUCGUAAUUACAUAUCUAAUUUCAGCACUUGCUAAUAUGGAAAUUCUGUAUCUUUUUCUUUAUUUUUUGGUCUCUUGAGGAUGGGGGAGGCGAUACAUAAUUGUUUUACUCUAAUAUCAUGCUACCACUUCAAAAAAGCUAAACAUAGGUGGAGAUUUAAAUUUGGAAUUGGGAGUUUACAAGAGAUUGGUUCUUACAUUGUCGGAACUACUCGCUUCCAUUCUCUUUUUAUCUCAAGUCGAUCACUUUACUCACUCUUCUCAAACCAAAGGUAAAGACUCUUGGCUCCAAAUUUCUUGAGCUUUCUAUAUGGGAAUAUUGAUCAUGAUUGUGAUGCGAAGUAACACAGUAUCUCUGUAAAUUCAUGUACACUAUGUUUGUAAAAUUAGUCAUCUUUCGAAGUUCACUCUUUAAUCUCUAUGUAGUUUUUAUUUCUGAUCAACAUUUGAUUUGUUAUAAAAUAAAAUCUGCUGAUACAUAUCAAAUUUUAUCAAACAAAAUUUCUUUGUAUCAAUAAAUUUUUUUCAUAUCAUCUAUGGGAAUUGCACAGUGUCCUUGCCACCCCACAAGGGUUGAACCCAAUUCCUAUUUUGACUUGCAAAUACAUACCAAGAUACACCUUAAGUUGGCUGGUCAAACCUAUGUGGUGGGUCAUAAAGUUUCUUCAUAGGGCAGCUGAUCUUACACUGGUUCCAUCAGCUGCCCUUGCAAAGGAGCUUGAAGCAGCUAGCGUAACAGCAGGUAACAAGAUUCGUCUUUGGAAUAAGGGUGUUGAUUCCGAAAGCUUCCAUCCCAAAUAUCGCUCUCAAGAAAUGCGAAUAAGGCUAAGCAAUGGGGAGCCCGCGAGACCAUUGAUAGUCCAUGUUGGACGACUAGGAGUUAAGAAGAGUUUGGAUUUACUCAAAAGUGUCAUGGACCAGAUACCAGAGGCACGAAUUGCUUUUAUUGGAGAUGGACCAUACAGGGAGGUUCUGGAAAAGCUGUUCUCCGGCAUGCCUGCCGUAUUCACAGGGAUGUUAGGAGAUGAAGAGCUCUCUCAAGCAUACGCUAGCGGAGAUGUUUUCGUCAUGCCUUCAGAAUCAGAGACACUCGGACACAUAAUGUCAUUUUCAAAAAACAGGGAAUAAGUUAUUCAAAGCUUGCGAAUUUACCACCUAUAGUCGGCCUCUACUCAAGCUUAAUCUUGCGGUCGGUCCAGUCUCAAUAGCAACAUCUUUUCACCGAAUGAAUACAUAAUUGAGGGCAGUUCAAGCUAUCAGUUUUACCCACGGUAAUUUGUCCUAACCUAUAAAAGAUUUGUAACAAGUUUACAAAUACAAACUUACUACAUAAAAGAUAAGAGUUUUAGGUAGAUUACUCUACUUAUAUUUUCCGACUUUAGUUCUAUGUCUUAUGAUAAGGUUUGGACUUAGGUAAUGUUUAAUAAAGUUGAAAAUUAAAAAUUAAGUAUUGAAAAUUGAAUGUU